CUCAAACUCAGAAAGUGAAUGAAGUAGAUGCUGAUGGGGGUAAAUUGUAUUAUUUAAGGAAAGUUGCCCACCAACCGUUCGACGAAAUGAUUUUUUUCGUGAUAAGUUGUACAAGGUCUAUUGUAUUUCCUGAACUGCAUGAUCCAUGGUAAACUUUUAAACUAGUUUUGUGAUAAGCCGUAUCGCUGCAUAAUCCAUGGUUAAAACUGAAAGUAGUUUUUUCUCAAUCUCUUUCGAAGACAACGUUGUUUGGCAUGUGGGUUUGUUCUUGCACGUAGCUUUGAGACGUAUUGAAUAUCAUUUAUUUAUUCUUCGGGUCUAUUGUUUUACUUUCUUAUAGACUUGUUUCAAAGGUUGACGAAACAACAAACAAAAAAAAUAUAUGCAUGAUUUCAAAGGGUGGUGCUAAAUAGUUUUAGCCAAGGUUGACCUGGCUCAGGCUGAGCUUUUUUUUUUCUAAUCAUAGGUUUGUCCUUGGCUCGGUGGAAGUCGUUCUUAAUACAUAGAUACUUCUGAAGUAGCAUACCAAGGAGACGCAAUAGCAAACGGCGCCGUUGAGCUUACCAACAUCGUGUACACGAGCCGUUCCGGUUGGGCUACGUACGGUAAGAAGAUACCUCUAUGGGAUCCACAAACCGGCACGCCUUCGGAUUUCACCACCCGUUUCUCCUUCAGAAUAGAUACGCGUGGCGCUGGCUACGGUAACUACGGUCAUGGCUUCGCUUUCUUUCUAGCUCCCGCGGGGAUCCAGAUGCCUCCCAACUCAGCCGGUGGUUUCUUGGGCCUGUUCAACGAAACCGAUGUUCUCUCUUCUUCUUACCCGCUCGUUCACGUCGAGUUCGACACCUAUACUAAUACGGAAUGGGAUCCUCUGGACAUGGCGUCUCAUGUGGGAAUCAACAACAACUCUCUUGUCUCUUCUAGCGUCACUUCUUGGAACGCAUCCGCACAUAGCCAAGAUAUAGGGCGUGUGGUGAUCAUUUAUGAUUCCGUUAGAAGAAACUUGAGCGUCUCUUGGACGUACGACUUAACAUAUGAUCCUAAGGAGAACUCAAGCCUUUCUUACAUCAUUGAUCUUUCGAAGGUGCUGCCAUCAGAAGUAACGGUCGGGUUUUCAGCGACGUCUGGAAGCGUCACCGAAGGAAACAGACUUUUGACAUGGGAGUAUAGUUCAGACUUGGAGAUAAGAGAUAUCAAGAAAAGCCAAGAUGACAGGAAAGGGAUGAUCAUUGGCAGUUCAGUUUCUGGAUUUGUUUUGGUAACGUUCUUCAUCGUCUUGCUUAUCGUCUUCUUGAAACUACGGAAGGAUCAUAUUGACAAAGCAGAAGAAAACUUGACAUCGAUAAACGAGGAUCUCGAAAGAGGAGUAGGACCGAGAAAGUUUGCUUACAAAGAUCUUGCGUCAGCUGCUAACAACUUCUCAGUUGAUAGGAAGCUAGGGGAAGGAGGGUUCGGAGCGGUGUAUAAAGGAUACUUAAACGGCUUAGACAUGAUGGUUGCGAUAAAGAAGUUCGCGGGCGGGUCUACGCAAGGGAAAAGAGAGUUCAUAACGGAAGUAAAGGUAAUCAGCAGUUUGAGACAUCGAAACUUGGUGCAACUCAUCGGUUGGUGUCAUGAGAGAGACGAGUUUCUUAUGGUGUACGAGUUCAUGCCAAACGGUAGUUUAGACGCUCAUUUAUUUGGUAAAAAGCAGCCGCAUCUCGCUUGGCCUGUGCGGUGCAAGAUAACUCUCGGUAUAGCCUCUGCGCUGCUGUAUCUCCACGAGGAGUGGGAGCAGUGCGUUGUGCACAGAGACAUCAAGGCGAGCAACGUGAUGCUCGACUCUAAUUUCAACGCCAAGCUUGGUGAUUUCGGGUUGGCUAGGUUGAUGGACCACGAGGUUGGGCCGCAGACGACAGGGUUAGCGGGGACGUUUGGUUACAUGGCUCCUGAGUACAUAAGCACGGGAAGGGCGAGUAAAGAGUCUGAUGUUUAUAGCUUUGGAGUUGUCACGUUAGAGAUUGUUACAGGGAGAAAGUCUGUUGAUCCGAGACAAGGAAGAGUGGAGCCUGAGACGAGCCUUGUGGAGAGAGUUUGGGAUCUUUACGGGAAAGGAGAAGUGGUCACAGCUGUUGAUGAGAAACUUGGGAGUGAUGGUUUUGAUGAGACGCAAGCGGAGUGUCUUAUGGUUGUAGGGUUGUGGUGUGCUCAUCCUGAUAGGAACUCGAGGCCUUCGAUAAAACAAGCGAUCCAGGUCUUGAAUAAUGAAGCACCGUUGCCUCAUCUUCCUACGAAAAUGCCUGUUGCUACUUAUCAUGCGUCGUCUUCGAGUACUGCGACCUCGGUUAGCUCUGGUGGAGCUGCGACAGCAACGUUUUCAAGUGCUCAACUUGGUCGUUGAGCAGAUACAUGUUAAAUGUGUGUGUUGUUGUAUACAGUUCUUGACUGUGCAUCUUGAUAUUGAGGUUACAAGUGCUAAACUUGGUCGCUGAGCAAAUCUCUGUUGCUUUUUGAACUCUUGUUUCUUAACUGUGUUUGGUAUGAAUUGCACGUGUGUGUGUGUUUUGUUCUUGUGCAUCUGUAAUUGAUCUUUAUUGUUACUGAAA